AUGGCGACCGACCCCGACCAGCAGAUCGGACAACCGACAACCUCCGAAAUCACCAACCCGACCCAACACUACAAGGCUUCAGACACAUCCGGAGGUGAAAACCAGCUCACAAAAAACCACCACAAAAUAUUCAUGAAAUAUGGCCGCCAGCGGUGGAAGUUGAAAGGUCGCAUUGAAGCAAAUGGGAAGCAAGUGUGGGACGGCGAGGAGAUGGUAUUCCAACCUCUUGUUACAGAGUUCCUGUCAAUCAAGGUAACGGAGCUGAAAAGCUUGGCAAAUCACGUCAUAGUUGGCAACGUCUCCUGUGAAACAAAAGAUUUGUUUGCAGCCCUGCCUCAGUCUGUUGCUGUGGAUAUCAAUGACCUGGGAACUAUUAAACUCAGCCUAGAGGUCGUUUGGAAUCCAUUUGACAAAGAUGAUCAAACAUCUGCUGCCAGCACUGUCAACAAAGUGCCCACUGUGAACAAACGGUUCUCCACAUACAACCAGAGUCCUCCAGAUACCCCAUCCCUGCGGGAACAGGCCUUUUAUAAUGCUCUCACUAUCUUUGUUAAGAAAAAAAUAAGCAUCACGUUAGAUACUGAAACUCCAGGACAUGAGCACUUGAAAGCAAUAGUGAUGAGAUUCAGAAACCUCUUCAGCCAACUCUGUCAGAUCCCAAGGAUAAAAGUUGUCAUGGUGCAGAGCCGUAUCGAACUUGAACAUUCACAUAUUCCUCAGGAUAUCCGUUAA